CCUCUCUUGGUUUGUUUUGCUCAGCCCGUUUCCCCCCUGCGUGUGUGGGAUGUUUUGUGACGGUAUCGGGCAACCCCCAGCUGCCUCUGAGCCGCGGCCAGGCUGCUCCAGUGCGGCCUGUCAGUGCUUCCGGAGCAAGCAGGGCUUAGGCCUCGCAAUGCCCAGGGCUCCCUGUCUGUGUGAAGCCUCCUUCCCAGGGUGCCUGCAGGCAGGCGAUGGCUCAGCUCUUCGAGGCGGCUGCUGUUCUUUCCACCACAGCGUGGCUGGCAGAACGCGCAGAGCCCUAGCUGCCUUGGGGUGGCCUGGUCCCAGGGCUCCUCACAUGGGGCAUGAUGGAGCGCUGUGAACAGGGCCUCAGACCAGUCUCCUCUCUCCAGGCCUGAGCCCAGAGAUUGGCAGAGAAGGAAAGCUCCCAGGUCUGUGCAGACACUAUGGCCUAGGCAUGAAUCAGGGUCAGAGACAGUAACCAGUGCCAAGCUCUUUUGACUUGCUUUGUUACAGGCACCAGUGAAGAAGCUGCUGGAGGCUGGAGCACAAGUUUUCAGAUUCUAGCAGCUCUGACUGUCAGCACUAGCUGGAAAGCCUGGAAUCCAAGCUCCAGGCAGAGAUUGAUGUCUGAGGUGCAUACGUUGACAAGCUGAACCAGACCCUGUGAAUCAGAUUUCAGGAUCUUGAUAUCCAUAAUGAGUAAUGAAGAAGAUGAAGAUAAAACUUACCUACAGGAAAUUAAACAAGAGGCACCGACACCUUCAACCUCCAGUGCAACACCUCCUAAGAAAAGAAGAAGAAUGUGCCAUUACAAUUCAAACUGGGAAAACCAAUUUUCUUGGGUUGUCAUGGAUCAUAACGACAAAGCUAAAGUCAGAUGUAAAUUGUGCAAUGCAUCCUUGAUUAUAGCGUAUGAUGGUGUUAAGGCAUUAACACAACACGCUAACUCUACUAAACAUGUGAAAAAUGUGCAGGCUGCUGCUGCUUUCCAGAGAAUGAGCUCCCUCUUCCUCAUCCAAGACAGUGCACAAAGUGAACAAGUAACUGUUGCGGAGUUGACUCACAUUUACCAUGGAGUGAAGCAUCACAUCUCUUUUCUUGCUCAAGACUGUAGCGUCAAAGUUAUGAAACAAGUACUUCAAGAUUCUGAAAUUGUCAAGAAAAUGACAGCUGGACGCACAAAAGCUUCUGCUGUUGUUAAUAACGUUUUGUAUCCUUUCUCAAUAGAGCUGCUUCUAAAUGAUUUAAAGAAUUGCAUGCCGUUUUCGGUUGCCACUGAUGCAUCUAACAAAGGAAAUCACAAAUUCUUUCCUGUGGCUGUACAGUAUUUUACCCCUCAAGAAGGACUAUGUUUCAAAAUCUUAGAUUUUUAUGAAAAUGCAUUUGAAGAUUCGCAGUCCAUAAAAGAUCAAUUGUGUCAUGUGCUGAAUGAAAAAGGACUAUCAUGGACAAAUGUUUCAGCAUAUGGAGUAUACAACUCUUCAAUGAAUUAUGGCGUAAACAAUUCAGUUUUUCAAAAGUUAGCCGAGCAAGAGAAUGAAAAUAUUAUUGCAGCUCACUGUAUUAAUCACAUUUUGCAUAACUGUGCCAAAUAUGCUUUGAAAGUUCUAUCUUUUGACAUUGAAAACUUAGUUUUAAAAGUGUUUGCAGAAUUUUCUAACUCAGCUGAAAAACCAGAAGAGUUGAAAGAUUUUUUUGAAUUUUGUGAGGUUGAGUUCCACGAAGUCAUGAGGAAUGUUCCAACUCGAUGGCUUAGUUUGUUUAAUGCAAUCAAGCAAUUGCUGUUGAAUUGGCGACCACUAAAAGCUUAUUUUCUUUCGCUUGGCUCUGAUGACUGCCAUGUGGCAAUAUGGAAUAUUAUUUCUGAUCAGGAAGACGAAAUGGCAAGUGAUGAACAACCAACUCUCUCUGAGCUGUAUCUUUAUUUCACUCACUAUUUCAUGUCACAAUUCCAAGAUACCUUGCUCAAAUUGGAAAACCAAUCAACACUUUCUUGUGACCUUUAUUUGAUCAUGGAAAAAUUCCGAAAUUCCUUGAGAAAAAAAAUUGAUGAUAAGUUUUUCGGCAUGAAAAUUACAUUCGCAUUGGGGAAGGACCAGUUACCAGUUCAUGUAGUCAAUAAAUUUACCUCUGAAGCACUGAAUGUGUACACAAGAGCCCUCAAAUAUCUGGAGAAGUGGUUUCCUUUUGAAAAUUCACCAUAUUGCGCUUUGAGUGCUUUGAGUUUGGCUAAUCGGGAGAAAUCUCCUUCUUUUGAUGAAAUAAUUCAAAUCUGGAUGAUGUCACCAUGGAAAAAAGAGCUCCCUCCAAAUUCUCUUUAUGAGGAAGUAUGUGCCUUGGACAUGAUGUUCACUUCCCUUGAGGGAACAACAUCUCUUGAUAAGUGGAAAUAUUUUUUCAGCAAAGAACCUGCUGCUUCAAAUUUAUUAAAACUGGUUCAAUAUUCUGUUUCAAUUCCUGUGUCAAAUGCCGGUGUGGAAAGAAUUUUUAGUGUCAUGGGUAAUCUAUGGACCGAUGAACGCAACAGAUUGAGUGUUGAGUCAGUAAGAAGCCAACUUUGUGUUUUUUUUAAUAUACCUUUCACUUGUUUGGAAGCAAAAGAUGAAUUUUUGAAAAAUAAAAAAUUGAUAAAUGCCGCACAAUCUAAUGUAAAAUAUACAAUGUAAUGUAGACUGUCAUUUGUAAACUUCCCAUAUCAUGUAUAUAUUUUUUUGGGUCGACAAAUUUUUAUCAAGUAUGUCCGGUAUUUUUGUUAAAACCAUCUGUCAACCUAAGUUCUCUGCUACUUUCCAAGGGACCAUUCAUAGCAACUAUCUGAGAGUACCUGGUACAACAGCCUCUGCCGCUGCUCAGAGCAGCCAGGUUCCUUACCUCUAUUCCUUUGGGCUUGGCAUAGGGGAGAGGAAGCAGAAUCCUGUUAAGACAUGAGCCUGCUGCCAUCCCAUCACUACUUCCUUCCUCUCCUUUCCUUGGCUGGGGGCCAUUCCUCUGCCUGCUGUUCCACAACUAGUACCCAGCCCUGUCAAUCACAGCAGGAGCCCUGGGACUGCGAAUAGCACAUGUGUGAACCCUGCAUGGCUGGGAUCAUCUAGUUUGGCCUCAGAGUUAACUACUGUUCUUGGGCUACGUCUAUACUGAAGCCUUCUUCUGCAAAAGCAUAUGCAAAUAAAGCGCAGAGUAGAAUAUAACCAUGCUUCAUUUGCAUAAUUAAUUAGCAACCGUUUUUGCACAAGAGGCUUUUUGUAGAUGGCUCCUUUUUCCGCAAAACCCCUCUCUUGCGCAAGAGCCAUUCUAGGACGGCCCCAUUCCAUGUGUGGUGGGGUGAGGAGGUGCCCUACAGGCUGACUGCUGGCUCUUGGCUCAGGUCUCCCAUCAGCAGGGAGAAGUUGUGAAUCUAGGUACGGAAGAGCCCUCCCCCUCUCCUCCCCCCACAGUUGAGCAGUGCUGGAUAGUGUAUGCCAGGCAGGGUGUAUAGUUCUAAACUUCCCGUUAGCUAAGAGAAAUCAUUCACUGCUGCACAAUGGGAGAUUGAGUGGAGGAGAUUUGGCAGCAGGUUCCUGGAAGAGGGAAAGGCAGGCUCCGGAUGGACCUGGCAGCUAUUGCCAGGCCCCCCCGGGGCCUGGAGAUUGUGAGUUCCUGGCCUUCUGGCCCAAGAGCAGCUUGGUGGGAUGGUCCAUAAAAGUGCCAGGCACUUCAAGUUUGAGGGCCUCAGGCCUCCCAUGCUUAGUCUAAGGGGAGGGGAGGGAGUACCCUGGCAACCAGGCUCUAUGCUCCUUCCCUGCUUCUCACAUACUGGUUCAUGUGCUACAGUCCACAAAUAUUCUCUAUUUAGGCCCUGGCUCUCCUGGUGGGUUUAGCAGUUCCUGCGACCUUGUGUCCCCAGCCCAUAGCCAUGCCCAGUUAGCAGGGUGGGAAAUGCCUGAGCAGGGAUCCUGCCUCCCUUUGCAAUGGACAGGACCUUGAUUUUCCCUGCAUGUCCUGCCCCACUAGUUUGUUCCAGCUGCUGGAUGGCAGGGAGGGGACAAGGUCCCUACGUACAGCACUGUCCUAUUCCUCCUGCUCAGCUCUUGGCAAUGGUCCUCUGUCCUCCCUGUGUGCGAGAACUCACCCCAGGGGCUGUGCCAUAGCUAUCCCCAAGAAGGGUGGGAACUCCUUCCUUGGGAAUUUCCCCAUGGCCUCUUUCUGUUCCCCACUUAAUAAUAGCCACAUACUGUGCCAGUUCUGAACUCUUGCCCAUGGGUCCUACUUGGGAAUUUUAAUUGACUCAUUGCCCCCUGUUGCUGCUGCCCCCCUUGGGAACAGCUCCAUGGAUAUCUGCUUUAUAUCUGUGAGUGUCUGUGGAUCAUUUUUGCAGGCGCAGAUGCAGAUACCAAUUUUGUACCUGUGCAGGGCUUUAAAUAUAAAUGCUGGUGUAUUUCCCUGCAUUCCCUGCACUAUGAGGUCAUCUGGAUUAGAAAGCCUACAUUUUUUAGUUGUGAAUCAUGCAAAAUAAUUCAACACAGAGAAUUUUUAAAAUGUACUGUUCACAACUCUUUCAUAGGAAUAUAAGACACAAAUUCUUUCAAUUAACUGGAAGAGAUUUUGCAUUAGAGAUUAUGUAUUUACUUGUAAACUUUGCAAUUUACGGAAUGUAUAAUAUGUCAAAGCAACUCUCAUCCUGUAUCCUAUUUUAGGUAACUGUAUAAAACGUCCCAUAAUCAGAAAUCUACUUUUCCACUCACACUUUAUUAUAUUUUGGAGUUAUCACUGUGGAGCACCCACAACUCUGAAGAAAAUAGCAGAUUCAUGAGAUGAUUUAAUAAUUGCAAUUAGGCAUGAUUCCAAACACCUGAUUUUCCUUUGCUGCUUUUAAUUGUUUGCUUGUUAUAGAGAGUGCUGCUUUUCUAUUUAAAUAAUUUUUCUUUCUGUUGUUAGCAGAUUUACAGGUUUCAGAAUAUUCUCUCUCCAAACUAUUUAUGAAAUAUAAGCAACAAUGGUAUAUGUUAAUACUAAGGAAACACUCUCCAUUGGUGAGUUAUGAAUAGUCUCAGCUAAAUUCAACUUUGUUUUAAUUUUAAUAUAACAUUUGUAAUUUCUUUACUUUGUAUUAGUGUAAAUGUUUUUAAAUGUAUGACCAAGGAAAAAAAAUAAACUGAUUAAAAGCAGACUCUGGCUUUAGUGCUGUUGGAAAUAAGCAGUUGCCUCAGUUUCCUGCUUCUGUUACCAUUUUUUGUUUUUUCUCAUUAGAUCAAUAUAUGGUUAUGUAUGGACAUUCCAAGAUGGGCUUUU